UUCGUUCGAACUUUAUUCAUUAAUAAAAGUGUGUGUACUCGAGUGAAACUUUUGUGUUUUUUAGCGGUGAUUUUAUUGUGCGAUUAUUCUAUUUUGUUUACUGUGGGACGUGAACAGAAACUUUCAUUUGGAAAAAAGUUGUAUGGAGCACACAUCUUGAUACUAUUCUGAAUGCCGCACGCGUACACAUGGCGACGUCGCUUGCGAUUGGUACAGCGCAACUAGUACUAGAUGCGAGUUACUAUCUCCACCAAUGAGGGCGCGGCGAAGGAGUAUGGAUGGACCAUAGGAUGCGCGUCACUUCGGCGCUCAUAUAUUUAUUGCUACUGUUCUUCACUCAAGUCUACACAUUCAUACCGGGAGUUGACGGUCCUGUGAUCCACCAGGAGGCCCUGGAGGGAGGCAACACGACUCUGCUAUGCGACACCUCAGUCGACACGUCUGCCGAUGAGUUUAUGCUGUUGGUGUGGUACAAGAAUAACGUUCCUAUAUUCAGCUACGACGCACGGAACGACCACGAGUGGUCCAGCGAUAGUUUCAACACCGGCGGCAGACUGAAGGCAGAUGUGGUGUCCCAGCCCACGGCCAUCACCAUAUCAGCUCUGAGGCAGGACGACCAGGCGCUGUUCCACUGCCGAGUGGACUUCCUGGUCUCCCCCACCAGAAACAUCGGCGUCAACCUCACUGUUAUUGUACUGCCAAGUCAGCCGUUUUUCCUGUAUGAAGAUGGCAACAAAGUGGAGGAAAAUCGCAUCAGGCCAUUCCACGAAGGCGACACGCUGGUUCUCAUCUGCCUUGUCAUUGGAGGUCGCCCCCCGCCCCGCAUCAGCUGGUACUCCGGGGAAACUCUGGUGGACGCGUCAGACGGCGCCAGUGACAUCCCUAACGUGAGGGAGAACGAGCUCUAUCUCCCUCUCACUCGGGAGAACGCCGCCGACCUCUCUUGCAGAGCGUCCAACACUAAACUCGCACCUGCUUUGAUUGCGAAUCUGCAAAUUGAAUUAUAUUUGCCAGCUUACAACGUGUCAAUCCACUGGGUGGGAGGUACAGAUGGCGAAACAUUAACGGUGGGAAAACCAGCGCUUGUACAGUGCACUGCACUGGGCUCCUACCCCCAACCUGACCUGUCCUGGUGGCUAGAUCACAAGCAUCUCACGCAGCAUAGCAAUCAGACGUGGAACAGCAAACUGCGUAGAUCGGUUUCAUUUUUAGAGGUUACGCCAUCGGUGGUAGACAAUGGUGCGACGCUGGCCUGCGUAGCCACCAACCCCGCCAUGGCGCCCAGCCGAGGCUCCAAGGCCGACGUCAUCAAACUCAACGUCACUUAUAGUCCAAUAGUUGAAAUAUCGAGGCUGGGUGAGGGCAGCCUGAACAGCGUGGUGGAGCUGGACAGCUUACACCUGGAGUGCGAGGUCAGGGCCAAUCCGCCCGUGCACAGGUUUCGAUGGUAUUUUAAUGACAGUAAGAUAAUUCCCGGGAACAUAUGGGGCGAGCAGACGUCUUCCCGCAAGCUGGUCAUCGAGGAGAUCUCCAAAAACCACGCCGGGUCGUACUCCUGCGCAGCUACUAACUCUGUAGGGGAAACCAGGGCGGAACCACUAUCCGUCACUGUAUAUUACCCUCCAGAAUGUUCUGGUCCCGGCGUCACUCUAAUCAAGGAGACAAUAAAAUGCAACGUCAGAGCACUGCCAGGGCCGGACACCUUUUUCUGGCACGUCCAGCCGCUGGGCCUGGACGUCCAGCACCUCACUACUGGCUCGCCGUUACUGCCUCUAGCCCAGAUCACAGGACCGCUGUCUGGUACAAUCAAAGUGAGUUGCGAGGCCAGUAACGGCAUAUCGAACCAGUACAAGGCAUGCCAGCGCACCUUUAGCUUGGAGCUGCUGCGGCCUCCGCAACCCAAGCAGUGCGACCUGGCCUACGAGCUAGGGGAGUUCCACAUGAGGUGCAUACCUGUUGAAAACGCAACAUAUUACGAAGUGUCAGUGUGGCGGAUGUCGACUUCAAACUCCUCACUAGUGUUGGAACGCCGAGGGUCUAUGGGGUAUGGAGCGCGGCAGGAGCCCCUAGCUCAAGGAGUCGAGGGGGGGAUCCCGAUGAGCACUGGUUCGUGGCUGGUGCGGGGGACCCUGGGCAGCCUGCGGCCGGCGGACGAGGCGGGGGCGGCGGCCUGCAAUCGCUACGGGUGCUCCGCCCCACUUCUUCUAAGGCCAACGGAGUAUCUGCUGGAAGCAACUGAACCUCCCUGGUGGCAUUUCUUCCUCGAACGCGACGUGGGCAUAUCCCUGGGCGCGGUGGUGCUGGUAGUGGUGUUCGCGGUGUCCUCCGCGCUGGUGGUGCGGCUGGUGCGCCGGCCGCGGCUCAAGCCGCCCGCGCCCGUCAUACAGGUCAUGCAGCUCGAUGACGUCACCAACUACUUGGACUCCAUAUCUGAACACAUAGUCCGCGCUUCAAGCAGCAUUCGUUCUUGCAGCAGCGGAUACUCAGAACGGUCGGCCUUCGAAGACUCCGCACUAGCGCCACCUGUCGACCGGCGACGGAAGCCGCCGGCCAUCUGGCGCGAGAGUUGGGGUGUGCCGCCACCAGAUGUCACCCUGACGCUGCACAGAGAAAGUGCCGUGUGAACUGCGAAGAUCCUAGACUGUUUUACCGCUACUUCACAGAUGGGGUGGGUAGGAAGCUUAUGCCGGCUCCACUCCACACUGUCGCCAAAGAGUUCGCCAAACUUUGGCGAAUUCGGUAUACAUUGCUAAUGUUUCGGCGGGCGGUAAAUAAAAGCACUACGCAAUGACGCAAUGUUCGCGCAUUCGCGUCGGCAUCUAUCUGAGUUCGGCGACAGUGUGGAGAUGGCAUUAUAAUGUUAACCUUCGAAAUAUUCGCCGUGUCACGGCGGGAUCGACUGGUUAUUGCUUAUUUUUCCUUGUGCAGAAAGUUCUCAAACCUGGCAAUAUACAUGUGGCAUUACAAUUUCAAUGUAGAAACCCUUGUCUGUGCUACUGGAAGUAUUAUAUAAUCCAUGCCUUAUCAUUUUAUUGAUUAAGGGAAGCCUUCUGUUAUUAUAUUACACAAGUGCUUUUUCCUAAAACUCUAUUGAGCUUUAUUUUCUGACUGCUCAAAAACAUAUUUCAUACUUACUUUUAGCGAAAUUGUAGAACAAUAGGGAUAGUUUCCUCCCGGUAUUUUCUCUGGAAUAAUGAAACCUAUCAUAGAAAAGGAAAAAAAAAUCAUUUUCAUCAUGUCAUCUUCAAAAAGGCAUAAAGAAAAUAACUUAGUAACUAGGAUACUUGGUUCUACAAUCAAAUUGGUUGAAUGAAAUGAUUCGUAGCCGCAUUAUUGCUAGUUCAUGUGUAAGAGUAAUUUACGUUUGUAACUUUUUCUAUGAUUUACAAUGUAGGUACGUCAUACCUACCUUAGUUUUCUGAAUAAAAGCUCUGAAAUGCAGCUACGAGAGCAUUAGGAAUCUUCGAAAGUCAUGCUUGCUUUGUGAAGCAAGUUAAAAUAAUAUGUUUCUCCAUAUUCGUAGUUUGGUUAUUAAGGCAAAAUGAUAAGGACGGUGUUAUGAAUGAGCAGCAGUAACUUUUAUUACUUAAAUGUUUUGAUCCGAUGUUAUUAGUUCUUUUAGUACAAUUAUAAGUAGUUUGUAGAUAAAUCUGUCAUUCAAUCAUUUUAUUUUCAUCACGCUUCCUACCGCCUCCAGUGAUACAGGUUUAAUUUGAAGGCAGAGCGCGUUCAAGACAGUUGCAAUGAGAUCAUUAUAGGAAACUAAGUAAAAAAAUGAGAAUGUUGAUGAUAUGUAAAUCCAUAUUUGUGUAGCGUAUAAGUAUGAUAUAAUAAACUCAAUUGCGUAAAUCUAAUUCAAAGUUGAAUAUUUGUAAGAAAACCAGUUCACGAGUCUUGUACAUUUGGGUGCUGUUUAGGAAACGAUUGCCAAUUUUGUGUUUAAAUAAAGAGACUUUAAUAAUUAUAAAAGUUUAUUAUUGUAAGCUAAUUUAAUUUCUAAUAAAAGUUAAAAGUAUACUCGUACUUACAUACUACAACUAUUUAACAAUAAAUAAUUAAAUCGAAUAAAA